UCAAGUUGUUCUCUCUCUUUCCUGCUUAGGGAAUGCAGCCAUUCAAACAAACUGUCUGUUCUCUACUGGCUUAUUUAUAGUGUAAGUCUCUCUCCAGUCUCUCCAAUGCUACUGGGACUACUGAAUGAUCGGCUAUUUUUAUUUUAAAUUGAACCUUUAUUUAACUAUAGAACACGGCUUAUGUGACAGACAUGGAUUUGGACCUGGGAGGGAUAUUUCUAGAGAAUAGCACCUAUAACUACGACGAGGACUAUGUUUAUAAAGAGGAAUGCUCCCCUGAAGAUGGCGUUGGGGUGUGUUUUGGCACGGUGUUCCUCCCGAUGCUCUACUCCCUGACGCUGGUCCUGGGGCUAGUGGGUAACGUGCUGGUCCUGGUGGUUCUGGUCCAGAGGAGGAGUAGCUGGAGCGUGACGGACACCUUCAUCCUGCACCUGGUCUUGACCGACACCCUGCUGCUGGUCACGCUGCCCCUCUGGGCUGUUCAGGCCACUGGGGAAUGGAGCUUCGGGACCCCCCUCUGCAAGAUCACUGGAGCCAUGUUCACAAUCAACUUUUACUGUAGCAUCUUCCUGCUGGCCUGCAUCAGUCUGGACCGCUACCUGUCCGUGGUCCACGCAGUCCAGAUGUACUCUCGCAGAAAGCCCUGGAUGGUGCAGGCCAGCUGCCUGUCCGUGUGGCUCCUCUCCCUCCUCCUCUCCAUCCCCGACUGGCACUUCCUGGAGUCUGUGAGGGACACCAGACGAGACAAACAGGAGUGUGUCCACAACUACCCGUCUCUCUCCCAGUCUGGGUUUGACUGGCGCCUGGCCUCCCGCCUGCUCUACCACACGGUGGGCUUCCUCCUCCCAUCUGCCGUGCUGCUCUUCUGCUACUCCUGCAUCCUGCUGCAGCUGCAGCGUGGCUCCCAGGGCCUCCAGAAGCAGAGGGCCAUCCGGGUCAUCCUGGCGCUGGUGCUGGUCUUCUUCCUCUGCUGGACGCCCUACAACAUCACCCUAAUGGUGGACACCUUUCAGGGGAGGCCUGGGGAGCCUGUUUCUGGGUCCUGUGAGAACAGGAGGACAGCUCUGGAGAACACUCUGGUGGUUACGUUCGCUCUAGCCUGCCUGCACGCUUGCCUCAACCCAGUGCUCCAUCUCGGCCUGUGUAGAAACUUCCGGCGACACGUGCUGGAUAUGGUGAGGUGUGUUGAGGUGGUGCAGAACGAUCCGAAACUCUCACUAUGGGAUUCAGGUGUGGUUGAAGACUCACCUGACCAAGCAGAGGAGAUGGGGACGUUGAACCCAAUGACAACCAUAGGACAGGUACAGUCCACCCAGAGCUGAUGGGUAGGAAGAGGAUCCUAAUGACUAAUAUAGUAUGUCUUCCUGCCUUGAGGGGAAGUUGUAUGGGUCAUGGGUCUGGGGAUUGGUGGAUGACUGUGACCUGGGUCAUGAGAGAAAGACAUGCAUAGUAGAAAGUCCCUUAUGAGGACUGCUUUCUUUGAAUUGCACUUUAAUGGAAAACGCUCAGACUAAAUGUAUAUUUGUAUAAAGUCAGUGGGUUGUCUGAUCUUCACGUUUUGUUUUACCUAUCGAUGUCGUCCGGCUCUGGAGAAUCUGUUGGAAAGAUUCAUGCAUUAGUUAUUCAAACCUAUAUCUAUUGUAUUAUUAUUAUUACAGAGCACUUCACUGAAUGUAAUGGAUUUUAGAGUAAACAACGUUCUCAGCAGACACAUACAUCAUACAUUUAGAUUGUUACACUCCCCUACAUAUUUAUUUGGAAAGUGAAGCUAAAACUUUUUAUGUGGCUCUAUACUCCAGCAUUUUGGAUUUGAAAUCAAAUGUUUUAUAUUUGUCACGUUCGUUAUAGUGAUGAGACCAAAGCGCAGCGUGAUUUGAGUACAUCUUCUUUAAUAAAGAAAGAACACUGAACGAACUAUACAAAAACAACAAAAUGAACGUGAAGCUAUAUAAUAAUAGUGCUGGCACAGGCAACUAACCCUAGACAGGACAAAGACAGGACAAAAAACAUAUAUCACCCUUGUCACACCCUGACCUAACCAAAAAUAAGAAAGAAAACAAAGAAUACUAAGGUCAGGACGUGACAAUAUUAGACAGUACAGCAUGUCACC